GGAGCGAGCGAGGACCUCUCUUCCCCGCGCCGAAGAUCGGUGGGGGCCGCCGCCAGGCAAGUUCGCCCCGGGAGCGGGAGCCGCGGGCCGAGAUGCUCCUCCGGGAUCUGGUGCUGCGCCGAGGCUGCUGCUGGCCGUCACUGCUGCUGCACUGCGCGCUCCACCCGCUCUGGGGCUUCGUGCAGGUGACGCACGGCGAGCCCCAGAAGUCCUGCUCCAAGGUGACCGACAGCUGUCAACACGUCUGCCAGUGCCGGCCCCCGCCCCCGCUGCCGCCGCCCCCGCCGCCCCCGCCGCCUCCCAGACUCCUCUCCGCCCCGGCUCCCAACGCUACCUCGUGUCCUGCGGAGGAGAGCUGGUGGUCAGGGCUGGUGAUCGUCAUCGCGGUAUGCUGCGCCUCCCUGGUAUUUCUCACUGUGCUUGUCAUCAUCUGCUACAAAGCCAUCAAGAGGAAACCCCUGAGAAAAGAGGAGAACGGCACUGGCGUUGCUGAGUACCCUAUGACUUCCUCGCAGAGCAGCAAAGGGGUGGACGCGAACAGCGCCGUGGUAUGAGUCCGUAGGCCCUGGACUGCUGGCCAGAGGGACACCUUGGUGGCACUGGUGGACGCGGGAAAGCAGGUGGACACGAGCUGACACUGGGCUUCCCCAGGACUUCAUCACCUUGCAGGCUUCAAGCCUCCCAAAGGAGAAAGCCUCCUUUGCCCAGCCUCACCCCUUGGUCAGCCCACAGCGUGGAUGCUGCGGACACCAGGCUGAGCCAGGCUCACCGGCGGGCAGCCUCCGGGGUAGCGCCGCCAUCUGAGGCCCCGUGUCUCUUCCUCCUCUUGUGUCUGACCCACGGACAGCCCCCCGGCUGGUGCCUAAAGCACACACCCUGAGAAGGCUGGGAGCCUGUCUGCCGGGGCGAAGAGGUGCCCCCGCCCCUUUCGCCUAAAGGAGACCUCCCCUCCCCACCAGGAAGCCUACCUGCUUCUUCCCUGACCACGCUAUUCCCGACAGAAGCCAUGGGCGCAGCCACGAGACAUCCCCGUUCAAAGGUGCUCCCACCCAUCUACCCGCCGCCCCGUCGUUGUCUCAGUCUUCAGGGCCUGCCUUCUCCCUCCCAUCUCCAUCACACCCAGGGCCCCUGGCUCCUGACUCCCCGCCACGGGGGGCUGUGCGCCCUGCCUGCGGAGUCCGGACUGAGCCAAGAAGCCCGGUCACACCCCCGGGUGGGGUCUGACCAUCCAGGGCAAAACAACGUCCUGAACCCCAGGCUUGGGGCCCCGGAAGGACGGGGGCCACUACGCCUGUCCUCAGACUCACUCCCACGUCUGACCCUCAGAGGAGCCGACGCUUCCCUGUGAGCCAGGCCCUGCCUUCCUCCCGGCAGAGGCUACCCCCGUGCCAAACCCACCACCAGCGCUCGGGCCUGGAUCCACCGGCCUGGCGCUGGGCCCCUGAGCGCUCCCUGAGGCCUGGUACUCAGACCCUCCCCGGAGAGCCCCCAGGCCUGCUGUCAUCCCGAGGGAGCCCGCAUGCUUCUAUGGGCGCCUUGAAUGUCCCCUGUGCUCUAAAAGUGCUGAGUCCUCCUGAGUGGUUGGUGGACGAAGGGAAGGAAAGGAGAUGGGAAGAGAGGGACCCUCCAGGCCUGGUGACCCCCAUCUACUGGCCGAGUGACCCCCACCUGCCAGCCUGUUUCGCCGGCGCCCAGUCACCCUGUGGGCACAUCACUGGGGCCCCAGAGACAGCAGCCUUGCGGUUUUGCACUCCCGGAGGGCUGGGAGAACACUUCUGGGGCCCUGGUUCCCUCUCCCUCCACGCACUUGCUGAGAGGAACCCGUCACAGCCAGGGGCUCCGCUCUCUGGCUAUGUAGGGUCCGAGCCGGGGACCCUGCCUGCCUUCCAGACCACAAGUGUCAGUUGUUCUCUGGAGGGCGUUUGGGCCGCAGGUGAGACUCUCACAUCCAGGGGAGACUGACAGACUGAAAACCAAUCCCCGUUUGGGCUGAACCUUCAAACACCCAUCGUCCGGGAGCCCUGGUGCCCACGGAGGCAUCUGUGUGCCGAGAGCAGGGCAGAAGGUGAACGCGCCGUGACCUUGGCCCAGGUCCUGUCGCCAGGUCAGUGGGUGCGGGCUGAGGACAGGCCCCGGGCAGAGCCCCCCAGGAAGGCUCUUCCCCCUCUCAGUGCUCCCCGCGUGAGGACUGGCUUCUGCUCUCCCUGUGUGCCUUAGCACGGGCCCCCUGUGGCCUUCCUCCCUGCCCCACCCAGUGGGUACUUGACGGUUCGUGCCCUCCACUUGCCAAGGAUGCAGAGCUGAGUGACAAGCAGGCCAGAGGCUGUGCGCCCCUCAGCAGGACAGACCCCAUCCCAGCGUGCUUUCCUCACUGCCUGUGGCUCCUGCUGAUCCCCUGCCUGUCCCCUGAGCAGACACCCAGGCAGGACCCCAGCCCGACGCACACACUUUCCUGGUCCAGGAGUGAUGGGAAAGCAUCUGUGACCAGAGGGAAGAAUCCUGGCUGAGUGGUCGUGGAGUCCUGGGCAGUCAGUCUGGGGGGACAUCGAGGGAAGCAGGGCACACUCCAGCUUUUGCAAAAGCCCAUUGAUCCCACCUUCCCCAGCCUGGGCUUAAACCUGAGUGGCUCAGAUUUUGCAAUUAACUCAAUCCUCCAGCCCCAGCCAGGCUCCCCAUCAGGAUCCCCAGAAAACCAUCAGUCCUUCACUCUGGAGCCAGUAUCCACUUCCCUGGGGACACACAGCCCAGGCUCCGUGAAAAGCUAACGUUUGCACAUAAAUCCCCCCAAAUUGGGUUUGUCAAGCCUCCUCUCACCCAGUUAGUGAAAACUAAGAAAAGACCCCAGUUUUUAAAAGGGAAUUCACUUGAGAACAAACCCAGAACCGGCCAUUUGGAAGACAGCCCUCACGGGUGCAGGGAGAGACCCCCCGUGGAUUUUCAGCUUAAGCAACAGAAGAUCCAUAAAACCACCCAGCCUGGUAUUUGAGCUUAAACUUAAAUUUCAGGAAUAUAUCUUCAGCCCUUAAACACGGACCAAUCCUCAGGCUACUCUGAAUCUUUGAGAACGACAGGCACAUUCCUUUUCUGCAUUUUCUCAAAUAGAUAUUUUUCGACCGUCUCCUGUCAAGCCCAGCUUUAGAGUGGCAUAUGGGAUCUUCCAGAGGUUUCAGGUGUUCCUUAGAUGCUUCUAAAGCAAGUUUUGGAAGAAAGACUAAUAGCUGUAAAAAUAGACAUAUAUAUUAUAUAUAGUUAUAUAUAUUUAAAGAGAUAUCUAUCUAUAUAUAUAAUUACUGUACUCUCUGAAUCUGUACAAAGUAUGAUUUCAACAGCCCAGGUAGUGUGCGGUAUCUAAUGCAUGAAUGUAAAUACCUUGAGACCUGCCUUCCUCACGGUUGCUAAGAGUGCACGGGAAGAUGGCUCCUGUUCCCAGUUCUGUCUCAAUGGACCAAUACACACGUCGGUGCCCUCCUGUCCACCAACGAGCCUCUGAUGUCAUCUCUGUGCUGAGAUGUUUUGCAGGAAGCAGGACAGGCAGCGUGAGGGGUGUGCUACAUGCUACUUACGAGGAAGAAAGCAUCA